CAAUAUUCUAUCAAUACUACCAUGGAAAUAUUAGCUACAUUUUCUAUACUUACAUCAUUAUUAUUACUACUUUCUUCCUUUGUUGAUGCUCAAAAUGGUCCUCGAGCUCUCUUUGUUUUUGGUGAUUCACUCGUUGAUAGUGGAAACAACAACUUUCUUGCUACUACUGCUCGAGCUGAUUCUCCUCCUUAUGGAAUUGACUACCCUACUCACAUUGCCACUGGACGAUUCUCCAAUGGGCUUAAUAUUCCUGAUAUAAUCAGUGAAACAAUCGGUUCAGAACCUACAUUGCCAUACUUGAGUCCCGAAUUGACAGGGCAGAAACUACUUGUUGGAGCUAAUUUUGCUUCUGCUGGGAUUGGGAUUCUCAAUGAUACAGGAGCUCAAUUUCUGAACAUAAUCAGAAUCUACGGACAGUUAGAGUAUUUCCAACAAUAUCAGCAACGAGUGAGUGCUUUAAUAGGAGAAGAAAGAACUCGACAACUAGUGAACAAAGCUCUAGUGUUGAUCACUCUUGGAGGCAACGAUUUUGUCAACAACUACUAUUUGGUGCCCUUUUCCAUUAGAUCUACUCAGUUUACUCUUCCUGAUUAUGUUGAUUACCUCAUCUCUCAAUAUACCAUGAUCCUUCAGAGACUAUAUGAAUUGGGACCUCGUAGAGUCCUAGUAACGGGGACUGGGCCAUUAGGAUGUGUGCCUUCAGAAAUAGCACAAAGAGGCAGAAAUGGAAAUUGUGCAGAUGAACUACAAAAAGCAGCUUCUUUGUUCAAUCCUCGACUUGUUCAAAUGAUCAAUCAGUUGAACAACAAAAUCGGCUCCCAUGUCUUUGUUGCUGCUAAUGCAUUUCAAAUGCACAUGGAUUUCAUCAAUAACCCUCGAUCAUAUGGGUUUGUGACAUCAAAGGUGGCAUGUUGCGGACAAGGACCAUACAAUGGAGUUGGACUUUGCACAGUGCUAUCAAAUUUGUGUCCAAACAGAAACUUAUAUGCGUUUUGGGAUGCCUUUCACCCAACAGAGAGAGCAAAUAGGUUGAUUGUCCAGCAAAUCUUGCGCGGCAAUACAAAUUACAUGCACCCCAUGAACCUCAGCACUAUUAUAGAGUUGGAUUCUAGAGUUUGAUUAACAAGAAAUAAGUAUGUUGUAGUAGGCAAUUAGUUUGCGCCAUAGGAAGACAUAGGUAAUGCAUUAUGCAUCAAAUGCAUGUAUGUCAUGGGAUUUAAGUAUCAUGUGGUUUGAAAUAUUAUUGUCGUACUUGUAAGAUUGAUUGGUUGUGUUUAGAGGCUAAGAAGAUAUUGAGAAAAGGAGAAACUAGAACUACUUGAAAAUGGUUUAACCAAAUAAUUUAUGUUCAAGAAAAUUCAAUCAACAUCUUUCUUAUAUUAUCUCAGAAUUUUGAAUAUGUAACAGAUGCAUUGGCGUAGCAAAAUUCGCCAUUUUAUUUCAGAGAACGCAUGCAUAUAGCGAACAAAAAUUUCAUACAUGUUUGCGCUUAUUAUAGAAAUGAUUAUGAGAUAUUUCAUUCAAUCCCUAUAUUAAUGGCCGAAAUACUGCUAAUUGAUCAUCACAAGUUUCUAAUAGAUUACUUUGCAAAAAAAAAAAAAAACUAGCAGUGAACUGCAAAAAAAAAAAGA